AUGUACACGGGUCCGAAUGGCAUCACGAGGACCCACAUCGACGCAGACGGGGACCUGGAGGAGGGAGCACUGGCGACCGUGCUAAGGGUGGUGACCUACAUCGAGGACCUCACCCGGGCGGUCCUGCCCCAAGAGGAGCUGGCGCUCUGCGCGGACUCGGGCCGGGUGGCACUGCAAGCGACCCUGCCGGAGUUUGACGCCCAGGGCCUGGUGGAGCGUCCGGGGCGCCGGAACCCCGGGACUAUACAAAUCCCUGGGGUGGACGAAGAGGCAGGCAGCAGGCAGCAAACCAGCGACAGGGACACCGCGGGCGGUAGGCCGCGACCGGCGGCAGGGACGCUGCGGGCGGUAGGCAGCAGGCUGGCCACAGGGACGCUGCUGGCAGCAGCCAGCAGGCCGGCGGCAAGGACACCGCAGGCGGCGGGGCGGCGACCCAAGGGGACAAGGGGAAACGUCCCCGGUCAUACGCUGCCCAAGGACCCAGCAGGAGGCCAAAGGAAGCUAGAGGGGCCAAGGCCAAUUGCCGCUCCUGGGCCGAGCACGCCCGCUCUAGAGCCGAGCGCGCCAGCAGGCCCGGAGCCGAGGGCGCCAACCAGCCCUAAGCCGAGGGUGGUGGCCGCUCCCGAGCAGCCAGCGCCAUCCGAGCCCACCCCGAGCAUUCCGAGGGCGGAGCGAGUGGCCGCGGUGGAGGUGGUUGCGGCGAGGGCGGCGCCGACGCGCGCCCGAGAGGUUAUCGAGUGGCUUGAAGUGGCUGUGGCGACGAAGCGAGCCGAGCUCGACAAGGACCACACCGCCCUCGUUGAAGAGAGGGGGAGGCUGGAAGAGGUCGGCAAGCUCCUGGAGGCCCAUAUCGCCUCGGCCAGCGCAACCCACGAGAGGUCGAUGCGCGUGGUGGCUGAGCAGCAGGAGGCGUUGGAGGAGGUGCACGACGAGGCUGUCACCGUGCAGGAGAAGGCCAGCCGCAUGGAGCGGCAGGCGACUGAGCGCGACCAGGCGUCCCGUAGGUGGGCCGCAGAGCUGCUCGCUCGGGAGCGGCUGCUCCUGGCUCGGGAAGAGGCGGUCGGCAAGCGCGAAAAGUCCGUGCAGUCUGCCUAG